AUGAUGAGAAAGGCUGUCCCUGCCAAGACUGAGGGCAAGGUAAAGGCCCUGAAGGCCAAAAAGGCUGUUCCGAAGGGAGUCCACAGCCAGAGGAAGAAGAAGAUAAGAACCUCCCCAACCUUCCGCCGCCCCAAAACCCUGCACCUCCGCAAACAACCCAAGUACACCCGGAAGAGUGCCCCUCGCAGGAAUAAGUUGGACCACCAUGCCAUCAUUAAGUUCCCUCUGACGACAGAGUCGGCAAUGAAGAAGAUGGAGGACAACAACACUCUCGUCUUCAUCGUAGACGUCAAGGCCAACAAGCACCAGAUCAAACACGCCGUCAAGAAGCUCUACAACAUUGAUGUGGCCAAGGUCAACACACUCAUCAGGCCUGACGGUGAGAAGAAGGCAUAAGUGCGUCUGGCUCCAGAUUACGAUGCGUUGGAUGUCACCAACAAGGUUGGCAUAAUCUAAUUGGCUGCUGGGGAGAUGUACACCAAUAAAUGUUUA